UUGACAACAACUAUAACCUCAAUAUUUGCAGGAAUAGCAGUAUAUUUAUGUGAAUGGUAUUGAAUUAAAAUGUUGUUGAAUACAUCUAGAAUUGCAACUAAACGCUUUAUAAGGCAAUUUUGCAAUGAGGUUAAUGAAUCAAAGUACCCAAGAAAGGUGUUCUCUGGAAUCCAGCCUACAGGAGCUGUUCAUCUAGGUAAUUAUUUGGGUGCGAUUAAGCAGUGGACGAAACUGCAAGAUGACAAUGAAGAUAUGACACUUUCUGUGGUUGAUUUACAUUCUAUCACUCUUCCUCAGAAUCCAAAAACUUUAUCGAAAAACAUAUUGGAAAUGACCUCAACGCUACUUGCAUGUGGCAUUGAUCCGGAUAAAACGAUACUUUUCCAACAAUCUGCUGUUCAGGAGCACACGGAAUUGUGUUGGCAAUUGGGUUGUAUUUCUACUAUGGCGAGGCUCGCGCAUUUACCGCAAUACAAAGAGAAAUCUGAGAAUCUGAAGGAUAUUCCAUUGGGAUUAUUUGUAUAUCCAGUGCUCCAGGCUGCAGAUAUAUUAAUCUACAAGGCUACGCAUGUACCGGUCGGCGAAGAUCAGCUGCAGCAUUUGCAACUGUCCCAGGAUCUGGCGAGGAUGUUUAACAACCGUUUUGGUGAAACUUUUCCAAUUCCACAUUCGAUUAUUUCAAAUGCAGGAAAUGCGCGUUUGAAGAGUCUCAGAGAUCCGCUGAAGAAGAUGUCCAAGUCAGAUGCGGACCCGAAAAGUCGGAUUUGUUUAUUGGAUUCCACCGAUGAAAUAGUUAAUAAAAUUAAGAAGGCAGUCACAGAUUUCACAUCAGAGGUGAGCUAUGAUCCGGAAAAUAGACCAGGCGUGUCCAACCUGAUAACCAUUCAUUCGAUUCUGAGCGGGAAGUCGGUUGAGCAAAUUUUGAAUGAAUCUCGCGGUUUGGAUACUGGAAAGUACAAAUUGUCUGUGGCAGAGGACGUAUCUGCUUAUAUCAAACCUAUCAGGGAGCAGAUUGAGAAUUACAUGAGGGAUCCUCAAUAUAUAGUGGAGGUGUUGAAGGGUGGAGCCGAUAGAGCUAGGGAGACGGCUUCCAGAACGGCGAGCGAGGUUCGCAGAAAAUUAGGAAUGACCUUAAGAGUCAAAUCGAAAACCAAAGUUAAAGUUGCCAAUCAAUAAAUGACUCCAUUGAAUUAAAAUAUUUUUAUGUUAUGGCACAAUUUCGUUUCAUUCUGACCCAUUCUUUAGUUAUUUUUAGAACUAUAGAUAA